AUGGAUAUACAAGAAACUAUACGGUUGCGCCGUCUUUCAGAUGUUCGGUCAGCUAUUUGUGGAACUUCACCUUUGCCAAAUAGUCCAAGUAUGGACAAAUAUGAUCAAUUAAAAAUUCAGUUUCAGAGUUUAAAAUAUGAUUAUUCUAAUGCUAAAAAUAAAUGGGAUAUGGAAAAAACAAAUAUGGAAAAAAGGAUUCAUGAAAUAGAACAAAACAGUGAAGAAAAAGAAAAAAAAAUUAAUGAAUUAGAAAAAGAUAAGCGAUUUUUAUAUGAAAAACAUAAAUUACAGAGUGAAGAUAUGCUGAAAUUAAAAGAAGAAUAUUCAGCGCAAAAGCAAGAAUAUGAAUGGAAAAUAAGAGAGCUUCAGCGAAUAAACAGUAUUGAUAAAGAAAAUUCAACAGAUAGAAAAAAUGAAGAAAAAUCUAUGUUUAAUUUUCUUCAUAGGAAAAUAGAGACUUUGGAAUUAAAAAAUACAGGCUUAGAAAAAGUUGUAGAAGGGUUAAAAGAUGAAUUACGAUCUAAAAAUACAUUGAUAAAUCAAAAACAGCAGUCAUUGUUAGAAGCAAAUGAAUUGAUUGAUAAUCUUCAAAAAAAAAAACGUUCUUUAGAAGUAGAAACAAAUGAUUCAACUGACAUUAAAAUAUUGAAUAGGGAAUUAUUUGAACAAUUGUCUUAUAUUAAAUCUCUUGAAAAAAAGAACUUUCAACAAUCCAAAGAAUUAAAACAGCUUCGAGAAUCUCAUAAAUCAAUCCAAAUACUUCAAGAAGAAAAAAAAGAUCUUGAAUUCCAAUUAAAGCUGAUGGAUGAUCUUCGACAGCGUUUAGGAGAAUCGGAAAUAGAACGUGCUAUCUUAAAACGUGAGAAAGCUGCCUGGGUAGCCUAUUUAAAUGAUGAUGAUCAACGAGAUUUCGAUUCCCCAAAAGCUUUAAGUUUAACACUUGCCCAACAAAGAAUUGAAAAUGCUGCUUUAACAGAAAAAUACAGUAUUUUAGAAAUGGAGUUAAAAGAGAAAGAUAUUUUACAUCAGUCUACUUGUUUUGAAUUAAAAAAAUUGUCAAAUAGAAUUGUCGAGCUUGAAGAAAAGUUAAAUUAUGAACUUAGAAAUAAAUUAAGAUUAGAAAGACAAGAAGUUUUAUCCCAAAAAGAAGUUGAACUUUUACAGGAACAACUGAAUUCUUAUAAUUCCGAAGAAAUGAUAUUUAUGCAUAAUAAUUAUGAUGAACAGAAAACAAAAAGAAUAAAGAAUUUGGAAAUGAUACUAGAUGAUUACAAAAUUGAAAUUAUGAAGAUCUCUGAAGAAUUACAGGAAGCAAAAAAUCAAACAAUGUCUAAAUCAACGGAAAUAUUAAAACGCGAACGUGAAGAGAUAUUUAAUCGUCAUGAAAGGGAAGGUGAUUUGUUACGACGUAAUAAAACAUUGUCAGAAGAGUUAUUAAGCGUUAAUAAAGAACAUACUCUUUUGAAAAAAGAAUUAGAAUCAUUACGACAACAAUUAUCUUAUAUGGAGUCUACUUCUAAAAAUAAUGGAUAUAAUUCUCAAACUCGCAUACUGCAAUUACGAGAUAACCCAUUAUCUGCUCUUGAAAACUUAAGACAAUCGACUCUUGAUUGUUUAAAAAAUGAAAAUGCUGCACUUUUAAGGCAAAUAGAAAAGAAUGGUGAACAAUUUGGUGAUGUUGUUCCAAUAGAAUCGUUAGAAAGUCUUAAAUUAGAAAAUUUAAGAUUGGAAGGAGUUAUAGCUGAUAAAGAUAAACGGAUACAAAGAUUAAAAGAGAUAUUUGCUGAAAAAUCAUCUGAAUUUCGAGAAGCUGUGUAUUUUCUUUUAGGUUAUAAAAUUGACUUUCUUCCUAGUGGAAAAGUACGUGUAACAUCAAUGUAUUCACAAAAAGGCGACCAUUCUUUUGUUUUUAAUGGAAAAUCCUCAUCAAUGCAUUUAGUAAAAGGAGACGAAUUUACUGGUUCAAUAGAAAAUUUAGUGAAAUUUUGGUGUGAAGAACGAAAAACUAUUCCAGGAAUGCUUUCAGCGUUGACUCUUGAAUUAUUUGAACAAUCAACUACAGGACAAUCAAAAGGAUGGGCUUAAUAAGAUAGAUAUAUUUAGUGUUAAUGGCC